CGCACGGAAGGUGACAUUGAUCCGGUGUCAUGGCGUCGCUGGUUCGGCUUGGAGGAGCGCUGAAGGCCGGGGGGCGCCUUUUCGGGGCUGUGGCGAGGAGACCGAAUGGAGUCCGCCAAGCUGGAGGCCAUGCAGAAGCUCGCUACAGACAACUGAAUGAAGUGGCCAGAAAACCGAUUAUCCUGUCGGAGUUCCUCAGUAGCUUUAUGUGGUUUUGGAUCAUGUGGCAAUUUUGGCACAACCCACUUGAAGUUUUUGGCCACUUUCCUUAUCCUGACGCUUCUCAGUGGACAGAUGAAGAGCUGGGCAUUCCUCCAGAAGAUGAGUAGAGCUCUAAAUUCACAGUGGAACCCCUCUGAUGUGUUUGUCACAAUACCUACUGUAAAUAAAUAUAUUAAGACUUCC